AUCAAAUGUAAAGUACAAAUAAUUCCUAACGAACAAAUUACUUAUAAAAUUCAAGUUAAUCAACAAGAAGAGCACGAAUAUUUGAUACUUCAUAAAGUUCUGAAAGAAGAAAUACUCCAUGCAUAAUUCCGAUUUCAAAUAGUUAAGUGAGUAGAUCUCCUCAAUUAUAAACAGAAGACUUUAAUGUUUAAGGAUUAUAGUAAAGUUAGGUGAGUGAGGUUUAGAUAAAUGAUUUAAAUAAAGUUAAUCAAUUUUAAAAAUUACCUGAUUUAAAUCGUUGUAAAGUAAAAUUUAUAAAAAAAGAAAAUUAAUCGACAUAAACUGAAACAAAUGAUAAAGAUCUAAUCAUUAAAGAAUAAGAAGCAUUAAUAUAAAAAUUAUAAUGCUAAAUUUAAUAAUAAAAUAACUCAAAUAUGGAAUUUUCUUUUCAUAAAGAGAACAUGGAUUAACAAUAGCCCUAAAAAAAUUAUAACAACAAUAUUGGGAUUAAUUAAAUGAAUUAAAAUUUAGGCAGUAAUUCUUAAAUGACAAAUUCUCCCUACAAAAAAUAAUCAAGACAAUCAAAUCAAUUUUAUUUUACUGCUAUUCCUUAGACUAAUAAUAAAUCUUAUAUUUUAAAACCUUAAAAUACUGAAAAAUUAGUUUUAGAAUAUACUAAAUAAAAGUCAAAUAAAGACUAUUUCUUUUCUUAGAUGGAUUGA